GCCUCUGCACAUCACAUCACCUCUCCAGAGGAAGAAAACAGCAGCAAAAAUGUGUUGUUCCGGCUUUCUUAGAAUCAUCAUGAUCGUCUUCAACGGCAUCAUCUUUCUGGCAGGGGCUGCCAUCCUCGGCAUCGGGAUCUGGGUGAAGGUGAACGGUGACUCCCUGCAGAAAAUCCUGGGGGAGAUAAAAGAUGCUCCGGAACAACUGAGCCAGAUCUUUAAUGUGGGCUACCUACUGAUCGCAGUGGGUGCAGUUCUAGUACUCAUGGGCUUCCUGGGCUGCUGUGGGGCCAUCAGAGAGAGUCCAUGCAUGCUGUUAACGUUCUUCAUCAUCGUGCUGCUGAUCUUCAUUGCUGAGGUGGCCGCGGCAAUCAUGGUCUUCGUCUUCAAACCUCUUGUGAAUGAACUGAUUGAUAGAUUAGGCACCGAAGCUGUUAAGAGCAUUCAAAACCAGUAUGGAGAAAAUGAUGACCUAACCGGGUUGUGGAACACCACCAUGCAAGGGCUGAACUGCUGCGGAUUUUAUAACUACACCGAUUUCACUGGGUCUCCUUUUAACAACAUGACUGCUGGAAGAUAUCCAGACACUUGCUGCUUAAAGAGCCCCUGUACUCUGGAAAAUGCUGGAAAUGCGGAAGUGCCUGGCUGCUAUCCUAAGCUGGUGGACCUACUAGAGAGUAACGCUGUCAUUGUGGGAGCUGUGGCCAUUGGAAUUGCUGUCCUUGAGAUCGCUGCCAUGGUGGUGUCCAUGACUCUGUACCGGAAAAGUUCACGUCAGAGUCAUUCAGCAUAAUCAAUAGUCAUAAUUCGCAGACCAAAGAGUUUACAGUUUCCUCUGUCUAACUUUGUAUUUUAAAUUCAGUCCUUCCAUCUUCCACCAACACAUUAUGUAUCAAUGACAUUUUUAAAUCGGAUGAAAUGAUUGUUUCUUUAUUGAAAACAUAGUCUUUUUCUAUGUGCUGCAUUAAAAUGUGCCUGCAAAUGUGUUACUGUGCUACUGCAGAUUCCAAAAGGAUUUAGUAUUUUUCAUUAUUUUUCGUUAUUUUUA